GCGAAAAGAAGAACUUGGUUCAUAAUGGUCCUCAGGUCCCUCGCAGACCUUUACUUCAACCCAACUCAACGUAAAGGUCGAACCUUUCUUCCCCAAAACACAAUCUUUCCGCUCAUCAUGUUACUCUGAAACACGUGAAAGUCGCGCAACACGCUCUCGCUUGGCGCUUUCCAAUUGCCCAUUUUGUAAUUCCCCGAAAGAGGAGAGGCCCUUUUCAUUGCCAGCCAUGACGGAGGUCCUCCACUUCGCUUCGCCUCCAAGCACAGACCCAUCAGCUUCAUUAUCCCGCCCACCACCUGCGAAUGAUGAAGAGGAAGAAGAGUCGUCGGUGGAGGAGGAUAUCGAGAGCGCCGAGAGAGGGAACAGAGAGCAGCAGUUGCCUGUGUUGGCACUGUUGGUGGCGGUUCUCAGGAAGUCUCUGGUUGCUUGCAAGAGCGACAGGAGCGAGCUCUGCGGCAUGGAGAUUGGUUGGCCCACUGACGUCCGCCACGUCGCGCACGUUACAUUCGACAGGUUCGAUGGGUUCUUGGGCUUGCCCGUGGAGUUUGAACCUGAAGUGCCCAGGAGAGCCCCCAGUGCUAGUACUCAUGUUUUUGGAGUCUCAACAGAGUCCAUGCAGCUAUCACAUGACUCCAGAGGUAACAGCAUUCCCACCAUACUCUUGCUCAUGCAAAGACGCUUGUAUGCACAAGGAGGAUUACAGGCAGAGGGGAUAUUCAGAAUUAAUGCUGAAAAUAGUCAAGGAGAGUUUGUGAGGGACCAUUUAAACAGGGGAAUUAUACCAGAGGGUAUUGAUGUGCAUUGCUUGGCUGGAUUAAUCAAGGCAUGGUUUAGAGAACUCCCACGAGGUGUUCUGGAUUCGCUGUCACCUGAGCAAGUGAUGCUGUGCCAGACUGAAGAAGACUGUGCUGAGCUUGUGAGGCUUCUACCACCAACAGAAGCUGCUCUAUUAGACUGGGCAAUUAACCUGAUGUGCGAUGUUGCCCAGAUGGAACAUCAAAACAAAAUGAAUGCACGCAACAUUGCCAUGGUUUUUGCUCCAAAUAUGACUCAGAUGGGAGAUCCUUUGACUGCAUUAAUGUAUGCAGUCCAAGUAAUGAACUUCCUUAAAACACUUAUCGCGAGGAUGCUGCGAGAAAGAGAGGAUGCAAUAUUCAAGUCACCUCCAACUUCCCACACAGAGCCUCCUGAUGAUAAUGGACACCAGAGUCCACAGAUUUGCGUCGAAUUUACUCCGCAGGCAAAUAAAGUUUCUGUCAGCUCUCACAAGAAUGGCGACACAAUAGGAGAAGGAAGUCGAAGUUGCGAAAUCAAAGCUAAUAAUUUCGAUGGUCUUAAGGCUGGAGCUCAACUAAGCAAAGGGAAAUUCCGACUUGGCCAAACCAGCAUAUCAAAUAUUAAAAGCUUUCAUAGAAAAAUAUAUGUGCGGGAACCUGCCGUUCAGGUAUCAGGCCCUGUUGAGAAGACUGGAGGAAUCAGCACUUUUAGCAGGAUAGAUUCAAGGAUAGAGUGGAUAGAAGCCUGGCGAUGAUGGAGGGUACGAAGUGGCCGAGCCUCCAGAGAUUUAACAACUGACAACUACAUUAUUUUUUUAAGUCCAUGUUUGCUGAGGUUGGUUUUCCUUAUGAGUCAUGUCUAUCUUUUCAUGAUGGGUGUUUGCCUGCUAAUGUUCAUUAGAAUAUGCUACUAUUGGAUCCUGCAUAACAACUCGUUUGUACGCUCUUCUUUUUUUUUUUCCCCUUUUGCUAAUCUGGGAUGAUGGUUUUGGAUGCUAUGAGUAGCUUGUGUUUGGAUUCGCCUAACACGGUUUUCUUCUGUUUCUUGUUCUAUCUGCGCAUAAUAUCGUAUUCUACACCGGCAUUGAACUCAUUGGAUCAUGGUUAUAAUUGCGACUUAGGUGUCACUGUUUUCUGCUCCAGUUUUCUCCUAUCCUUUGUCCUUCGAAAGAUGCGAGAAUCAUUCACAUUGCCUGCACAAGGGAUCUCUUCUUCGAACACGUCAAAAAUAUGCUAGUUGCCAGGCAUGUUAUCAAGUUAAACCUGCACUUCCUAAAAAUGUGAUGCACAAGACUUUGGCCAGAAGGGUAUUUGGCAUAUCUCUCCCUUGUGUCCCUGGCGAUGACAAGUAUAACACACCAAAGGCACAUGAUGGGGUGCUUGGCUGUGAAUCUCUCUGUUAUCGGAUCCUCACAACCAUAUAUCAGAUAAAACAGCAAAGCGUUUUAAAAAAAAAAAAUGGACAUUGCUGAGAAAAAAUCACUCAGCAUAUGCAGAUUCCAGUAUAAUUCUAGGGAUCUUCCUUUCUCCUUUUGUUGUGGAUGGUGAGAUUAGUCUGCAAUCUAGGCGUGGAUCUGAAUAAUGACAGUUCAGACCCUGAUCCCAGAAUCCUUUUUGGGUGAGGUGGGUGAGAUUAUGGAUUAAUGAGAUGACAAUGUUGUCACUGAAGGUCAAUUUUUGUGGCAUCUGGAAAAGUGUUGUCCUAGAUCAGGGAGUGCAUGAGGAGGUGCAGCAACUGGAGAAGAUAAUGAGAGGGAGGGAGUGAGUCUUUGGUGGCCAUUGGUUUUCCCAACAUAAUCACACGUGAAUGGUCCAGGAAGCACCAUGGCACGAAGCCCACGUGGCUAGUUGUCCCCUGGAAACAAGUGAAAUUCCAGUUGGACAAAGACGAAAAGGAAAAUCCCAGCUUCCUCACAUUUCAACCUUGAGUAGACAAAAGAAGAGAACCCCUGAUCACAGAACUGGUUGGGCAAUCUAUCCUUUCAUCAGCUGAAAAUACUUCUUUGGGAUAUCUGAACCCCUGGAGCUGGAAAACAGAGUCAAUCAUAUUGACUCUGGAUUUAAUCAUAUCGAAACCGGCAAUACCAUCUUGAAAUUAGUUAGAAUUAUCCUUCAAUCUGGUCCAUCCAGGAGAAAGGGCCAGGAUGAGACGGCAUAAGACCAACUGACGACUAUCCUCCUAUUCGACCGGUAUCCCGGGCCACGACUUUCGAUGGUUCGUUUGACCAAGCCAGAGCAUCUAUCCAGGAAAUUAGGAUGACCAAACAAUCCUGGAACGUGAAAGAACUCCAAAAGCAGAGAGAGAGAGAGGCCCAAAGCUGGAGUUGAUUCACAGCCACAACCACCCAUCCUUAUUCCACUGCUCAAAAUCAGCACCUCUAUUAAUAACUCCACACCCGUCCUUUGAUUUUUUCAACCCCCUCACCCA